AUGCCCUUAAACAUUAUAAUUGUUGGCGCAGGGCUGGGUGGCUUGGCCGCCGCAAUUUCCGUGAAGCAGGAAAAGCCUGACCACCGGGUGCAGGUUAUAGAGUCUGCACCAGCAUUAGCGGAGGUUGGAGCGGGUCUUCAGGUCACCCCGAAUGCUACUAGAUUGCUGAAAAGAUGGGGCCUUAUGCGUAGCCUGGAGAAGCUGGCUUCGAGUCCACAAGAAUUCACCAUACACCGCUACAGCGAUGGUGCUCUGAUUGGAAAACGAGACAACUUCGGCGAAGAAAUGCUGGCAAAAUAUAAAAGUCCAUUCUGGGAUAUGCAUCGAGCAGAUCUCCAGAUCGGAAUGUACGAACGUGCAAGAGAGCUUGGGGUGGAGUUCAGAUUUGGCGCACUGGUUAAAUCAACCGAGUUGGAGACUCCUUCUGUUACGCUUUCAAACGGAGACUGCGUCGAGGGUGAUAUAAUUAUUGCAGCUGAUGGCCUCUGGUCGCAGUGUCGCAGUGCCUUUUUAGGGUGCCCUUCGCCUCCUAUUCCCACUGGAGACCUCGCAUACCGCGUCAUCCUCCGUGUAGAGGAAAUUGAAAAUGACGAACUGCGUCGUUACUUUGAGACACCAAGAGUCGUGUUAUGGGCUGGGCCGGAUUGUCAUGCCAUCUGCUAUCCACUGAAGGGGGGCUCGCUAAUCAACAUUGUACUCCUGGUUCCCGAUACCCUUCCAGAAGGUGUGGCCAGGGCAGCAGGCGGCCUCGACGAAAUGCUUGAAAUCUUCCAAGACUGGGAUCCACGGCUCAAAUCCUUACUCACCAUGGUUCCUAAAGUUGAAAAGUGGAAACUAAUGCACCUCGACGAAUUGCAGCAUUGGUCCAACGCAGAAGCGACUAUAGCAUUCCUCGGCGAUGCUUGUCAUCCAAUGUUGCCAUACCUUGCCCAAGGUGCUGGUUCAUCAUUGGAAGAUGGGGCAGCGCUGGGUGUAUUGUUGUCAAGGGCCGAUCAUCGUCAAGACCUGCCUGAGAUUCUUAAACUGUAUGAACAGUUGAGGAAGCCCCGCAGCUCUGCACUUCAGAAACGGAGUAUGAUCCAGAGGCACAUCAAUCACCUGCCUGACGGGCCUGAACAACGAGCAAGGGACGAUUUACUGAAUCAACAGCUAGAGGAGCCCUUGCCCGGUUACCCAUUUUAUUGGCUAGAUCCCACACAGCAGAGUAUCGUGUAUGGAUAUGAUGUGUAUGAAGAACUUGACAAGUUGAAAAUCGCUGCUACUAGCCACAAUCACAAUGAUAGAGCUACGCGAAAGCACUCCAAGGUAUAG